CGAUCCCAGAGUUCUUCGCGCAAACACGGGUGUCCGAUUACUGGCAACUCAUUCAUUCGUACAGUUUUUGCGGAGAGUUUCACGUGACGAAAGGAAAGUUGAUUGCAUGACGUUAGACCUUUGUACCGGAAGUUCGAGUCUAUUAUAAAACAGAACUGUUUUGAUAGCAUUUAUCCGUUGUCCACUGGAGGUAUUCAUUUCAUCAUGGCCAGCUCACAGAUUCUUGUCUCAUUGCUUGUGUGUGUGACACUUGUACGUUGCGAGGAACUGAGAUUUCUUGUGCUCGGUGAUUGGGGAGGAGAGAGUGACUGGUGGCCCUACACAACCCCGUACGAGACAGCGGUCAGUAAAGGCAUGGGCAAAUUAGCAGAACAGCUUGGAACGCAAUUCACCGUAGCGCUCGGUGAUAACUUCUAUGACCAAGGAGUAAAAAACGUCGAUGACAGGAGGUUUCAAGAAACAUUUGAAGAUGUGUUCACCGCCAAGUCGCUGAUGACUCCAUGGUAUUUUUGCGCGGGAAAUCAUGAUCACCUUGGCAACGCGUCAGCCCAGAUUGCAUACAGUUCCCGAUCUGAGCGCUGGAAUUUUCCAGCCCUGUAUUACACCAAGUCUUGGACAAUCCCUGGUUCUGAGAAGGAAUUGCAGUUGGUUCUUGUGGACACAGUGCUACUUUGUGGUAUCACUGAUGACAGCUCAAUUACACAACCUGAAGGGCCUCUGUCAAUCGAGGAUGCCGAAACGCAGUGGGAUUGGCUGGAGUCGACUCUUCGUUCAUCAACAGCUCAUUAUCUGAUUGUGGGAGGCCAUUACCCAGUGUGGUCCAUUGCUGAGCAUGGUCCCACUAAAUGUUUAGUUGACCGACUGAGACCCUUGUUACAAACCUAUCACGUGACUGCCUAUAUCAAUGGACACGAUCACAAUCUUCAGCACCUGAAAGAGCCGACCUCCACUGUUGCGUAUUUUGUUAUUGGAGCAGGCGCCAUAGUAGAUUACGACACUAGCAACAAAGAUAAAGUACCUGAAGGUAGCUCGCUGUUUUUCUGGGCUGACUACUUCAGAGGUGGAGGAUUUGCAGUGGUACACGUCGCGGUCAAUAACAUGACGGUAGAGAUGAUGGACUGUUAUGGAACUUCCCUUUACAAGACACAGCUCUAUCCUCGUCAAUUAACGAACUUUAAUUCUUAAUUUUUCCAUCCACCGGCCAAAACAUAUGAAACAUUUUAACUUACAUUUUUACAAAGAGGCUUUUUUAAUCUGUCAAAUUUUUUCAACUGUUUUUACUCCUUUUUGUUGUAAAGCGCCUUGAAUGAUUAGUCGAUUGGCGCUGUAGAAAUGUCACGGUUAUUAUUAAUAAUCCGCGGGAAUUAGAACCAGUAAGAUGGCCUUGCUGUUAGCUGAAACAGUACUAUCCCAUGGGGUCCAAAUAUAGGAAACAUCUCCCUCUGCCCUUGCGAACUUGUAGCCUGCAAACAGGCUCCCGGUUGGUUUCAGAGCGAGCUAGCCGAGUGUAGAACAGGGCGAGCGGGACGAGCCGAGAGCUGUCUGGUGACGAGGGAGUGCACGGGGGAGCCUGUAGACAUUCCAUUGAUGGCGCCGUUCCAUGAUACCAGCUCCUGGUAUCAAGAUCUGAUUGGUUGAAUCGAUGACUGUUGAC